AUGCCAGUCACAGUACUUUCGGACCAUGAUGUCCAAAGAGUGUUGCACUCUCUUACUAGCCAGGACAUUGACGACAUUCAACAAUCUCUUGCCGACGCCCUACACCAAUAUUCUACCGCUGGAGAGGAAGAUGGCUGCUGCUCGGCCUAUCAGCCUCAGAGAAUUCACAUGAACCGAACAGAUGGUGCAACGAGCUUGUUCAUGCCAGCAUCUAGCAGCUCCGGCAUGGGUGUCAAGGUCAUCACCCUAGAUGCGGUCAAGAAACCAGAAACCACACCAGACCUCAAACGUCUCUCCAUCGGCUCAACCAACUCAACACACACGACUUCUACUACUGACUCCAAAUCUCGACCUUCGUCCAUGUCUGGUCCUACUCUCACUCCCUCUACCUCGCAAGACUCGAAGCCACCUACUGUACCUCGUGGAUCAUUGACCUUGUUUGAUGCUCAAGGCAACCCAAGUGCUCUGAUCAAUGCUGAAGAACUCACUGCCUUCCGUACAGCUUUGACCAGCUGCAUGCUUCUCAAAAGAAGACACAAGGUUCACGAUCUAACUGUCUUCGGUGCAGGUAAGCAGGCCUACUGGCAUAUUCGUCUGGCUCUGCUUCUCCGUGGCUCAGAAAUUCAUCACGUUAACGUCAUCAAUCGCUCUUUCGACAGAGCACGCGAGAUGUUGAUGAAGCUGUACAAUCCCUUCCCUAAUGACCCGGAAUUCGAGAACCCUCUGGGCCACAAGUUCGGAAGUAAGACGAAAACCAGUAUCCUUACCACCGGGCACACGGAGUACCUACGUUUGCUCAAGGAAUAUGUUCGCAGUGCAAAUGUCAUCUUCUGCACUACUCCCAGCACACAGCCAUUAUUCCCUUCAAGCUACCUUCUGAACCCAGAAGGUCGAAAGAAGGGCCGCUACAUUGCACUGAUCGGCUCGUACAAACCUCACAUGAUCGAGCUGCACCCCGACAUCAUCAAGAGCGCCGUCGCACCUCAUCACGAACACCGUCACUUCCACAAGCAUCAGCAAGAGGGUGGUGCAAUCAUCGUCGAUAGUGUCGAAGCAUGCCUCCAGGAAGCCGGCGAGCUCAUCCAAGCAAACGUGCAACCCGAUCAAGUGGUCGAGAUAGGCGAGAUCGUGAUGCUGAGACGCGAGGCUGAGAAGGCAGCUGCCGAUGCAGCAAAGAAGGAUGAUGCCGACAACAAGGGCGAAGGUAUUCAGGUAUCAAACGAUUCGGGGCUGAAGGAGUGGCUGUGCAAGGGCAAUGUCAUUGCAAAGAUUGUUGGACUCGGUCUUAUGGAUGUUGUUGUUGGCAAUGAAGUCGUCAGAAUAGCUCGUGAGCGCGGUGUUGGCACGCACAUUGCUGAGUUCUAG